CAACCAUUGUGAGAUUUAGAUGUUAAUUCAACUGAUUCAUUGACAAUACCCACAGGAAAGCGACUAUCUCUUAAAAGAUAACAAGCUAAAAAAAUAUCAUGGCUGCUUCAGUGUUGGGACAACAGUUGAGGACGCUCGUCACCAGAUUUCCCAUAACGCGUGGUAUGAUAUCAUAUAGCUUGAUCUGGCCAACAGGAAGCCUCAUACAGCAGACCUUUGAGGGGAAGAAUUGGGGCAACUACGACUGGUGGCGAGUCUUACGCUUCAGCAUGUACGGCGGACUGUUUGUUGCGCCUACGCUUUACGGCUGGGUUAAGAUAUCGAGCGCUAUGUGGCCACAGACAUCGUUGCGCCAUGGCGUCAUUAAGGCAGCCGUGGAGAGCAUAUCGUAUACACCGGGAGCAAUGACAUGUUUCUAUUUUAUAAUGAGUCUGCUUGAGUCCAAGACAAUACAGGAAGCAGUCGCUGAAGUCGGCAAAAAGUUCAUUCCCACAUACAAGGUUGCUCUAUCGGUGUGGCCACUUGUCGCCACCAUCAACUUCACCCUGAUUCCGGAACGCAACCGUGUGCCUUUUAUUAGUGUCUGCAGUCUUUGCUGGACGUGUUUUCUGGCGUAUAUGAAACACUUGGAGCACCAUGAGGUCGAUCAGGUUAUAUAGUUAAGCACUUUUACUGUUGUUUUGUUAUUGCCGUGUAUUGUUAUUAGUACUAUUUUUAAUAAACUUGUUGCUUUGGUACAGCGUU